AGGGUUUUAUCAGCAAAACUAUAAACUAAAACCACACUUUUGGUUCUCCGCCAAACGCCACAGAUUUCCAAAAACCCAAACGAUGGCAGAGGACUCGACAGCACUGCCGACCCAACUCGCCGCCGCAACGCUAAGCGACGUCGCAUCAUCGUCCCCCGUAGAAUCUCUGAAGGCCGAGUUCUCUGACCGAGUCCCGAUCCGUUCCAUUAUUUCCAGACCCGACGGUGGCGCCGGGCUCGCGGGGCAGCGGGUCCGGGUCGGAGGAUGGGUCAAGACGGGUCGUAAGGCGGACAAGGACGCCUUCGCGUUCUUGGAGCUGAACGACGGGUCGUGUCCCGGGAAUCUACAGGUCAUCGUGGACGCUGCCGUAGCGGAUCUUAGCCCGCUCGUGCCGACCGGCACAUGCGUCGCCGUCGACGGCGUUCUGAAACUUCCUCCGGCUGGGACCAGGCAGAAAGUUGAGCUUCGGGUCGAGAAGGUGAUCCAUGUGGGUCAAGUUGAUCCGGCCAAGUACCCAUUGCCUAAGACCAAGCUCACCCUCGAGCGUCUCAGGGAACACGUUCACCUUCGCUCCAGAACCAACACGAUAGCUGCAAUUGCUAGAAUCCGCAAUGCCCUUGCAUAUGCAACACAUACAUUCUUUCAGAAGCAUGGCUUCCUUUACGUUCACACUCCAAUUAUCACCACUAGUGAUUGUGAGGGUGCUGGUGAAAUGUUUCAAGUUACAACUCUGAUUAGUGAAGCUGAUAGGUUGGAGAAGGACUUGAUCAACAAUCCUCCUCCAUCAGCAGCUGAUAUAGACGCUGCUCAGCUUGUUGUCAAGGAGAAAGGAGAUAUUGUUGCUCAACUGAAAUCUGCCAAAGCAGAAAAGAAUGAAAUUUCUGCUUCUGUGUCUGAACUAAAAAUAGCAAAAGAGAAUCUGGCAAGGCUGGAGGAGAGAUCAAAGCUUAAACCUGGUCUCCCCAAAAAGGAUGGGAAGAUUGACUAUACCCAUGAUUUCUUUGCCCGUCAAGCAUUUUUGACUGUCUCUGGCCAAUUACAAGUUGAAUCUUAUGCAUGUGCUCUUAGUAGCGUCUAUACGUUUGGACCAACUUUUAGAGCUGAAAACUCUCACACUUCCAGGCAUUUAGCUGAGUUCUGGAUGGUGGAGCCUGAAAUAGCAUUUGCAGAACUUAAGGAUGAUAUGAACUGUGCAGAGGCAUAUGUGAGAUUUCUGUGUCAGUGGUUACUUGAUAACUGCCUUGAUGAUAUGGAGUUUAUGGCUGACAAGUAUGAUAAAACUUGCAUUGAGCGCCUAAGAAUGGUAUCUUCCACCCCUUUUGAGCGGAUUUCAUAUACGGAAGCUGUUGAACUUCUAGAGGAAGCUGUGAAAAAUGGCCAGAAGUUUGAGAAUAAAAGUGUUAAAUGGGGGAUUGAUUUAGCAUCUGAACAUGAAAGAUACUUGACAGAGGUGAAAUUUCAGAAGCCUGUCAUUGUCUAUAAUUACCCAAAAGAUAUCAAGGCAUUCUACAUGAAGGUGAAUGAUGACUGUAAGACAGUUGCUGCUAUGGAUGUCCUUGUACCAAAGGUGGGUGAGUUAAUUGGAGGAAGCCAAAGGGAGGAGCGUUACGAGGUUAUUCAGCAGAGAAUACAAGAGAUGGGGCUGCCUCUUGAGCCAUAUGAGUGGUACCUUGAUCUGCGGCGUUAUGGAACAGUAAAACAUAGUGGUUUUGGUCUUGGUUUUGAACGCAUGCUUCUUUUUGCCACUGGCAUUGACAAUAUCAGAGACGUUAUUCCUUUCCCUAGAUAUCCUGGGAGAGCAGACCUUUGAAUUAUACCAUUGCUUAUUAAUCUUAGUAAUUUGCUUUUAGAAUUCAAUGUAAGCUAUUUUCCUCGUGAUUCUGAGGUUUUUUUUUUUUUUUGGAGGAAGCUGAGGUUAUCGUUAUGGCUGAUUGAUUGCAAACCAAAGUGACUAAAUUAUAGUAGUGAAAUUAUUAUAUCUCUUGUCAGAGCCUGUA